AGCCAGUCGCUACUAUGCAAUGUGUGUAAGCGACCAGUGGUGGUGCUGUGGCCCGAGGCGGGAUGCUGCUGACAGUCGGUCAGCAUGACUCUGCUGGACUUGUGGCUGUCGCGCUCCAUCCCCAUGUGCCUGCUCCUUCAGAGCCUUGUCCUAAUGGCCUUGUGCUUUCCCUCGGCCAGCAUGUGUCCAAAGGGCUGCAUAUGCCAACGCGAUUCCCACCUCCAUGGCUUCAAUGUUACCUGCAGUCAGUCCCGCCUCAAAGAGAUUCCUCCCAGUCUACCAGUUGACACUGUCUUGCUGAGGCUGGACCAUAACCAGAUCGGCAGCGUGCCCGAUCUCGCCUUCCAUGGACUUAGGUUUUUGAGGGAGCUAAACCUUUCUUACAAUGCAGUGGAGACUUUAGGGGAAGGUGCCUUCACUGGCAUAGAGGCAACUUUACAGGUGCUGGACCUUUCCCACAAUCGCAUCACUAGCGUACACAAGGAUGCCUUUGCUCGACUGAAGGCCCGGAUUAUUGUGAACGAUAACCCCUGGCAUUGCGACUGCGCCCUUCAGCAGGCUAUUGGAGGAAUGGCCCAUAACCACGAGGCUGCUGCCCGGGUUCUCUGCAGAAGCUCGGAGCUCCACGACCAGGAGGGACAGCCGUUCUUGGCGGUUGACAUAGAUCUCUGUAACUUGGCAAAAAGGACCACAGAUUAUGCUAUGCUCGUAACCAUGUUCGGUUGGUUUGCUAUGGUCAUUUCAUACGUGGUGUAUUAUGUACGUCAGAACCAGGAGGACGCGCGGCGCCAUCUGGAGUACCUCAAGUCUCUCCCCAGUAAGCCGAAAAAAGCAGACGAGACUGAUGACAUAAGCACUGUUGUCUGACAGCAGUGGCCCCGUGACUGUGUUCAGCAGAAGCCCGGUGAACACCAAAAUGUUUAUUUACAUUUAUAGCAUUUACUAUACCAAACUUUUAUGUAAUAUGAGCAUCAAAAUGUAUUUUGACUGUCUGUCUUUAGGGUUUGCUCAUGACUAAGGUGACAGGAGGAAGGCCGCACCAACACUUUGGUUUUUACAGUACAAAGAAAGUCUUGAAAAAUUAGAAUCUCAGGUUUAAAUAUUUAAAUGGUGAUGACUUUUGUAGAGGCAGUGGAACAUCUGAAAAAAGCAAAAUUAUUUGUAAAACACGACACACUGUUUUUCCCAUUUGUCUGUUUAAUUUGCCGUCUACCUGUUGAUUGAUCUAUCUGUUGAUUGAUCUACCUGUUGAUUGAUCUACCUGUUGAUUGAUCUAUCUGUCUAGAUUGCUGACAAUCUUAAAUUUUAGGUUUUUGUAGCUACAAUACAACAAAGUCUUUUCAAAUGUAGGGUUAUAAUUGGGAUAUUGCAUUAAAUGUAGCCAAUAAUGUGGCUUUUUAAUUUUAUUUACAAGUUUAUUAUGAAAAGCUUACUAACCAUUUUUAAAACUACCCCCUUUGUGUAGAAAAAGUAAUUGCACAAAUAAUAAGUUUUUAUGACACAAGAGUAUCUUGUUAUAACAAGCUAUUUUAUUAUGGUUUUAGCGACGUGCUGCCAUGAUAAACUGCACAGGUCAGGCAUUGAGGCAUUACAUUAAAAGCCUGUAAAGUCAUAUGUGGUACCAUAACAACAUAGCUAAAGAUCAAAUCAUCUAAAAAAAACAAGGCGUUUAAAAGCCAGAAAGUGCUAUUAAAUACACCAUAUUGCUAAAUUUACUGGUUCACUUUCACAAGCACAUGAACUUAAGUGACGUCCCAUUUUUAAUCCAUAGAGUUUAAUGUGAUGUCGGUCCAAAUGUUGCAGCUAUAACAGCUUCCACGAGGUUUAGUAGUGUUUUUAUGGGAACUUUUGAAAGAUUUUUCAAAAAGUGCUUUGGUUAGCUCAUACAGUGAUGCAGGACGAGAGGGCCCAGCUCACAGUCUCUGUUCUGUUUCAUCCCAAAGGUGUUCUGUUGAGUUGAGGUCAGGAUUCUGUGCAGACCAGUCAAAUUCUUCCACACCAUAUGCUCUCAUCCAUGUUUUUAGGGAGCUUGCUUUGUGCAUUGAUGCACAGUCAUGUUGGAAAAUGUAGGGAACAUCCCCAAACUGUUCCCACGAAGUGAGCAAGAAUCUAUCCUAAACAUCUUGUUAUGCAGAAACAUUAAGAGUUCGUUUCACUGGGGCUAAAGGGCAGAGCCCAGCUCCUGAAAAACAAUAGCACACCAUAGCCCCCCCUCCACUAAACUGUAUACUUGGCACAAAGCAGUCAGACAAGCACCGUUCUCCUGGCAACCAGUUCAGUUCAGUUUUCCUUAUAUUGCACCAAACCACAAUAACAGUUGCCGCAAUGAGCUUUAUAUUGUAAGGUAAAGACCCUACAAUAAUAAAACCACCCAACACUGACUUGUCCAACAUAUAGUCAGUGUCUCUUUCCAUUUGUAAGAGUAACAACUCCUUUUGCUGCUCAAAAGACAAAGCAACGGCAGUUGAGACCACAGACAGUCUGCAUUUUACCUGGCAACACGCCUUUCUUUACUAAUGCAGCCUUCAACACUCCUUUAAUCUCAUCUUUCAACCGUUUAUCUCCAACGUCAACAUCAUAAUGUUCAGCAAGUUUCAAGAGUUGUUCUUUAGUACAACUAUACAAGAGUUCCUCCGAUGGAGACUGAACAAAAGCAUCAACCGUAGCCAUAACAGCAAAGUAUUGAUUCUCGACAUGCAAUUGAAAACAGCUCUUUCCCACUAACUGCCUAACCAAAAUCUACUUAACUAAAGCCUAGUCUUCAUGCAGUUACUUACGGUGGGUAAAGGCCAACACCAUGCUUAAUACCACUAAAUCUGAUGUUUUGCAUUUGCAGUGUGCUUGUUGAUUUAGGCAUUAUCUGGUUGCAGAUAAUAAUGGGAAGGUCCAUUGGUUUGUUUGGUAAGCUAUCAUAGAAACGUCAAAGUCCAAAGUAAGAUCAUUUGGAAUAUGAAUAUGAUCCAUUUCUGCAAAUAUGUCCAAAGUCUUGAAUUGACUUUUUUUUCCAAAUGUGUUUGUGUUGGAUCGAAUGUGUUUGUGUCAGUCUAUACUAUCACUGCAGCAAUUAGAUAUUUCAUGGUGUUUCUGUGCAUUGCAAUGUUAAAAACUUCUUUUAUCAAACAUUUUAAAUCACUAAACAAAACUAAGUCACUUCAGCUUAAAAUGCACAAACUAACUAAACUAAGCUCCUGUACAGGAUGGAGCUAUCUGUGGUGUGUGUGUGUGUGUGUGUGUGUGUGUUUUCACAAAUUGCAAAUUUAUUGAUUAAAGAGUAAAACCGCUGAAAACUUCAAAUAUGAAAAUAGUAAAUCUAUAAUGAUGUCAGUGUUUCAUUUAAAUAUUUUGAAUAUUUAAAGUGGAAUAAUCUGCUUCAUCGAGGUCUGAUUAGAUUUGAGUGAUCAAACAUCCCAGCAAACGUCAUUGGGUUCUUACACUGUUAAAUCACGACUGACAUUUUUCUUAGCUUGAAACCUUUUAAGUAAGUCGUUGUUUGAAGUAAAAGCAUGUUCAGGGGCUUUGAAAGCUGCAGAGUGUGGUUGUAUCCAGCCAUUAAUUGAACUUCCCAAAGUUGAAAAUGGACCAUCACAUCCACAUCACGCUAUGCUUGGCAGAAACAUAUGUAUGUUUGAAUGUCUUCCUACAGAGGCUGUCUGAAAAUGUGAAAUGUGUGAAAUUUAAAUGUGUCCUGACAUCAUAUUGCAACUUUCAAAGAGCUUUCUUGUUUUUUAUACAAUCAGUGGGCUCUAAGUCUUGUUAAGAACAGGAUUCAUAAUAAUCUCUCUCAGUUUGGGAGUUGUUCAUUAUGAAUUUAUACACAUAUUUCUGAUUUUAAACAAAUGUUUCAAGACGUUUGAUUCAUAUUUUAGCAUAUUAAUGGUUAGAAGUAGAUCUUAAAAUAUCAACAAACUUGGCGUAGUUGGCUGGAAGUAAUAACAUCCAGUGUGGUAUUUGGUUUUGAAUAUGAACUCUUGCCUUCAGUGCCACCACAGCAGGAAACGUAAUGUGCUUGGUAAUGCAGUUUAAUUGAAAACCCUUAAUGUUGAGGGGUAGGAUAUGAUAAAUAACACCAACAUAUGAGGGACUUUGGUCAUGGACCCUGUAGAAGUUUCUUUUGUUCAUGGAAGUGCUCAAUCAUGAGACAAAGUCUGAGUCAUAGAGUCAGAAGUCAACCACAUUAACAGCUUAGGAUUUCUUCCAGUACAUCCUGAUGGAACA